AUGCCAAACCUGUGUGUCCUAUGUAAACAAGGUGUUUGUGGGGAGCGGAAACCAGACUGGUUAGGCCAGCUGGCAGCCAGACAGUGGAUGGAAAGAGAGCCCAGAAGCCUGGUGCCGGUGCGACAAGUGAAAGGGCCAGAAACGAGCCAAGGGAGCAGGGAGAGCGGCUGCUCAGGGUCGUGGACGCCCCGGGAGGCGGCCGCCGGCCGGAGAGAGCUAAGGCGGCUCGGGUGCACGUGGGGCCGCCUGUGCUGCUCUUGCACCAGAAAUGGAGGGUCGGGCUGGAAAUACAUUGGACAAAAACCUUUGCCAGCUGAACCAGUCCACCAGGCGAAGGAGACCGUGCACCUGUGA